CUUUUGUUUAUCAAGGAAGAUUCAUAGAGAUUUGAUGUGGGUCAAUCAUUAUUUAUUCAUAGAGGAAAUUCAAGCCUGCCUCUAAUUAUCAGCUCUCAAACAACAUGUUGAUGAAGAAGCACUUUUACAAGAUCUCCCUUAUGGGAAUGCUGAUGGUGCAUUCAUUUAGGGUCAGCCUGGCUAUUUCUUCCUCAAACGUCACUGAUAUAUCUGCUCUACUUGCCUUUAAAUCAGAGAUUGUGGGAAGUAACUGGACUGAAACUGAAAACUUCUGUAACUGGGUUGGAGUAACUUGCAGCCAUAGAAGACAGCGAGUAACAGGUUUGCGCCUUGGAGGCAUGGGUCUCCAAGGCACCAUCUCUCCUUAUGUUGGUAACCUUUCCUUCCUUGUUAGGCUUGAUCUCUCUAACAACAGUUUUCAUGGCCAUCUGAUACCUGAAAUAGGUCAUUUGCGUCGCUUGGAAGUGCUCAUAUUAGAAGGGAACCUGUUGGAAGGAGCGAUCCCUGCAAGUAUACAUCACUGCCAAAAGCUUAAAGUCAUCUCUCUUUCAAAGAAUGGAUUUGUUGGAGUCAUACCAAAAGAGUUAAGCUUCUUAUCUUCACUACGUCACUUAUUCCUUGGACGAAACAAUCUUACAGGUACCAUUCCACCUUCCUUGGUCAACAACUCAAAGUUAGAAUGGCUUGGUUUAGAACAAAACUACCUUCAAGGAAGCAUUCCAAAUGAGAUAGGGAAUCUUCAAAAUUUGCAGCAACUUAGCUUGUCUCAAAAUGGCCUUACUGGUUUGAUACCCCCCUCAAUUUUCAAUAUCUCCUCUCUACGAGGAGUGUCCUUGUCAUUCCAUUCCCUUUCAGGAACUCUUCCAUCGAGCCUUGGGCUUUGGCUUCCAAAUCUUGAAGAACUUGACCUAGGAGGUAAUCAGCUUAGUGGAAAUAUCCCUUUGUGUCUGUCAAAUUCUUCUUACCUCAAAAAAUUACGUUUAAGUUCCAACCAAUUCUCGGGACCAGUCCUCAAAAGUCUAGGCCACUUGGAACACCUGGUAGAGCUUGAUCUGGCAGGAAAUCAACUAACAAGUCAAUCAGGAAGUCUUGAACUUAGCUUUCUUACAGCUUUGACAGGAUGCAAAUCCCUGGAAAAGUUGUCUAUAAGCAAUAAUCCAUUGAAUGGCCUACUACCAGAAUCUGUUGGAAAUUUGUCAAGUUCCCUUCAAAUGUUUGUUGCUUCUUCAUGCGAAAUAAAGGGUCCAAUUCCAAAGGGUAUUGGUUCAUUGAAAAUUUUGAAUUGGCUUGAAUUGAGCAACAACCACCUGAACGGAACCAUUCCAUCAACAGUUAAGGGAAUGAAAAGCCUGCAGAGGUUGCAUAUCGGUGGCAAUCGACUUGAAGAAAACAUUCCAAAUGAGAUUUGCCUUCUAACUAAAUUGGGGGAAAUGGAACUUCAAAACAAUAACCUGUCAGGAUCAAUUCCAAGUUGCAUAGGAAAUCUAAAUCAUUUACAGAUCAUGGACCUGAGUUCCAAUUCACUAUCCUCAUCAAUUCCAUCCAGCUUAUGGAGCCUUGAAAAUAUCUGGUUCUUGAAUUUGUCAUGUAAUUCACUGCAUGGAAGCCUCAAUGCCAACAUGAGAGCUUUGAAAAUGCUGGAAAGCAUUGACUUAUCUUGGAACCGAAUCUCAGGUAACAUUCCAACCAUUUUUGGUGCCUUUGAAAGCUUAAGUUCUCUUAACCUCUCAAGGAACUCAUUCGGGGGACAUAUUUCUGGAUCACUUGGUGAAUUGAUAACAUUGGAUUUUAUGGACCUCUCCCACAACAAUCUAUCUGGUGCAAUACCCAAAUCUUUGGAGGCUCUUUCACAUCUCCAAUACUUGAACUUGUCUGUCAAUAACCUAUCAGGGGAAAUUCCAAGCAGAGGGCCUUUUGAAAACUUCACGGCAACAUCUUUUCUGGAGAAUGGAGCGCUUUGUGGGCAAGCAAUUUUUCAAGUUCCACCUUGUAGAAGUCAUGGGCCCCGGAAUUCAAAAUCUGCAUCUCUCUUGAAAUAUAUUCUUCCAACUUUGGCAUCGGCGGCAAUCCUUGUAGCGGCAAUCCUUGUAGCUCUCAUUCGAAUGAUGAUGAAGAACCGAAGGUGUAAUGCAAGAACAGGUGAACAUCUGGUACGUGAAGUGGAUCAGAUAAUUUCAUAUGAAGGACUUUGUCAAGCUACAGAUGAUUUCUCAGAAGCCAACAUUAUUGGAGUGGGAGGUUUUGGUUCUGUAUUCAAAGGAAUACUUAAUGACAAGUUCACGGUUGCCAUUAAAGUUCUAAAUUUGCAACUUGAGGGAGCUCUUGCCCACUUUAAUGCGGAAUUUGUGGCUCUCAGAAACGUUCGGCACACGAAUCUUGUUAAGCUCAUAUGUUCAUGCUCUGAAACUGAGCUUGGUGCUCUAGUUUUACCAUAUAUGCCUAAUGGAAGCCUGGAGAAGUGGUUGUAUUCUGAAAACUACUGUUUGAAUCUCUUCCAAAGAGUGAGCAUCAUGGUGGAUGUUGCAUCAGCCUUGGAAUAUUUGCAUCAUGGUCUACCAGACCCUGUGGUUCACUGUGAUUUGAACCCCAGCAAUGUCCUCUUAGACAAUGACAUGGUUGCACAUGUGGGUGACUUUGGCAUUGCAAAGAUAUUGACACAUAAGAGGCCUGCCACACCAAGCAUUACUCUAGGUACCCUUGGUUAUGUUGCACCAGAGCAUGGCAUGAGUGGAAGGGUGUCAACAAGAACUGAUGUUUACAGCUAUGGGAUAAUGUUGUUGGGGAUGCUUACAGGAAAGAAGCCCACUGAUGAUAUGUUUUCCGGGGAACUAACUUUGAGGCAGUGGGUUACGUCUUCAAUUUCUAACAAAAUAAUGGAAGUCAUAGAUCGUAAACUAUUGAAGACCGAAGAUGGAGGAGAUGCAAUUGCCACAAAUUGCAAUCUUUUAGCCAUUUCAAGUUGGGGUUAGAGUGUAGUAGAGAGUUGCCGGAGGAGAGAAUUGACAUUAAAGAAGUUGUGAUCAAGCUUGACCAGAUCAAAUGGCAAAUGACAAAUGGAAACUAGAAAAGUUACUUGAUAUGCUAUUGAAGCAGUACCAUUUAGAGUACCAUUCCUGAAUUUAACUUUUUAUUUUUAUCUUUAUCUGAAAGCUGAAGUUACAGCUAAAACCAUCAUUUGAAAUAAUCUAUC